AUGGCGUUCUUGUCGUCCACUGAAGCAACCGUCAUUCUCAUUCUGUCAGCGCUCUACGUGGCGUUCGUCCAGUCACGAAAGACCGGUUCGCGGACGCUCCCUCCUGGUCCAUCCAAAAUCCCAUUCUUUGGGAAUUUGUUCCAGGUACCCGUGUUGAGACCAUACCCCAAGUUUAGAGAAUGGGCUUUGAAGUACGGUCCCAUCUAUCACCUUCGUCUCGGACCCCAGGAUGUCGUCGUCUUGAACACCGCCGAGGCUGCUGAUGAGCUGUUUGUGAAUCGCAGUAAAUCUUUUUCCAGCCGCUCUCCUCCACAUGUAGCACACGAUAUCAUGAGCGCGGGGCAGCGACUGGUGUUUUUGCCUUAUGAUAGGGAAUGGAAGGUCGCGAGAAAAAGUUUGCAUUCAUCUAUCGGGCCCCAGGCGUCCAAAAAGCUGCGGCCAUCUCAGCAUCUCGAAUCAUGCGUCCUCCUGAAUGAUAUCCUCUCACACGGCAACUAUAGUGUCGAGCAAAAACUCAAGGAAGGACCCGACGGCGUUGUCCCUGAAGAGCACUGGUUCUCUUUGAUACGCAGAUACACAACCAGCAUCGUGAUGACGGUAACAUAUGGCAAACGAGCUCACAAGAUUUUGAACAACCAUCGGCUACACAAAAUAUACGCGGUCCUGGCCAACUUUACCACGGUCGGACAGCCAGGAAAUUACCUUGCAGAUGCCUUUCCCAUCCUCCGCAAGCUCCCUGAUGUCCUUGCUCCAUGGAGAAUCAAGGGCCGGGAGAUGCAUGAAUGGGAAAUGGAGUUGUGGGGCGGUCUCCUCGAUGACAUACAAGCCGACAUCGACAAGGGCGUCUCCGUUCCCUGCUACGUCGGCACUUACCUCAAACAGCGCGCUGAAAACGGCCAUGCCGAAGCUCCGGGAUGUGGGCUCACCGAAGAUGGUUGGCUCCGUGACAAGCUCCUUGCUUACACUGCCGCAACUGUCCUGGAAGCCGGGUCUGAUACGACAGCCAGCACGAUGCAGUCAUUCAUCUUAUUCAUGCUCAGCCACCCGGCUGUCCUCGAGAAAGUCAGAGCCGAAAUCGAUAGUGUCGUGGGCCCAGACCGUAUGCCGACAUUUGACGACGAACCCAAUUUGCCGUACUUUGUGGCGUGUAUCAAGGAGACGCUGAGGAGGAGGCCGCCGACGAUUAUGGGGAUUCCGCACAGCGCGGAUGAGGAUGAAGUCUACAAUGGAUACUUUAUCCCCAAGGGAGCGACCGUUAUCGGAAAUGUAUGGGCUAUUCAUAUGGACCCUGCACGUUAUCCCAAUCCUACUGCAUUUCAACCGGAGCGGUUUUACGUCCCCGGAAAGCCCACUCGCUGGGCAAGCGGACCGGACCAGGACCGUGAUCACUACGUCUUUGGCUGGGGUCGCCGUUUCUGCCAGGGCAGCUACAUCGCCGAAGCCUCUCUCUUCAUUGUGCUCUCUCGCCUCCUGUGGGGUAUCGACUUCCAGGCCCCCAUUGAUGAGAAGACUGGCAAACCGAUUAUCCCAGAUAUGGCGGACGACGAACGCACAUUCUCGGAUGGAUUCGUGAGCAUUCCAAAGUUGUAUAACAUCUCGUUCAAGCCGAGGUCGGAGAAGUGUGAGAGGAUCAUCAGGAAGGCGUGGGAUGAGGCACAAGCGGCUUGGGAGGAGACGGGGAUGAUGCCGGAUGAACGGUAA